CAUUAAAAUAAUUUAUCGAAGACUUAGUAGCAUGAUCCUUGUUAACGGCUAUUAUCAGUGAAGUUUGGGUUAUGUGCUACUUAUGCAGUUGUUUUACAUGGACCUUGGAUUUAAUUCAAAGGAUACUAACUUUUUUCCUCUCAUGCUGGUUGGCAUACGCUGUGUGCUGUGGACUGGGCGUCGCUAUCAUAGCUGGAAUUGCUUACGGCUACAAUUACUGCUUAGCUGAGUACAUUGUUCUCACAAGAUCUGAUGUAAGUGUGUACAUGCGUCGAGGUCAGUUUUAUGACAAACCAGACUUGUACACAAAGAAUAGCAGAAGGAGUGGUGACAACGAUGACGAAUAUCAACAAGAAGUACCGCAUGGAGAUGAUUCCCUCUCGGGGCAAUGGGAGAAAGACCAGGAAAUCAGAAAAUACGCAGAGAAACUCACAAAAUACUCGGACAGCAGAAACAAUAUCGUCGUUGCAGAGCAAAACGACAAACAUUAUCAACGAGUAGAUCCAUCUGAAGAUGAUCCUGUUUUGGGACAGUGGAACAAGAACCAGGAUAAGCGAAAUUAUUCUAGCCAAAGGGCCUUUGUCGAUUCAAGCCAGCUAGUGAAUGUUCCCAAGGGUAGUAUUUUCUACAAACUCACAUCGUCAUCGCCACGUCAAGUUUCAAACCUUACAAAUCCAUACAUCUCUACGUCAUUACUACAAAGUGGCUCCUCGGAAAUAGUAAUGAGAAUGUUUGAGCCCGUUUCAAAUAUCGUCCCAGAACCCAGGGAUUCAGUUGAAGAGUACGAUGAUAAACCUGAUAUAGGUCUCAGAACUGACAUGAACAUUACAGAACUUGAAGUGAUAGAGAGGAAAACGAUAGCUACACCAGAUAUCAGAACACAGCAUGAAGAUAAUCCUACUAGAAGAUUAAUAACAAUACGCCCCUGGGGUUCAUCUCCGAAGCCAAUCAUAAUGGAAUACUCAUUGGAUGUGGAUGAAGACAACGGUGUUUAUAAAGCCGUGUAA